ACCCACGGGGAGAUACUUGAGCCAAGCAGUGAAGCAGAAGUGUGGAACGCGGAAAUACGAGCUUACGAGAAUCACCCGAAAGCAGCAUUUUCGUCUGUUUGCGUUGCGGUUGCUUACGACACAAGCUUGUCAUCCAAGUGUAAGAGGACACCGCUUCCUGGUGUGGACUAAAUAUCAUGGGCUGAUGAGAAAGUGAGAAGGUAGAAGAAGUGUUCGAGUCGGGAACAGAAGAGGCACCGUAUUCAAUUGAAGGAAUGUCAGCUGUAAACAAAUCUGCAGAGGAUGACGGCUCCUUCUCGUCGAAGGUCAUCAACAUUGUGUUUAUCCUCCUGCUGUUGGACCUGCUGGGAUUUACUCUGAUCCUACCUCUGCUGCCUUCCAUUUUGGACCAUUAUGCUCAGACAGGGGAUGUUGUAUACGAGUCCCUGCAGGGUGUUGUGGACUGGUUCAGGGACGCUGUGGGGAUUCCUAUGGAAAAGAAAUACAACACAGUCCUGUUUGGAGGUCUGAUUGGUUCGCUGUUUUCUCUGCUGCAGUUCUUGGCCUCACCCAUAACGGGGGUUCUAGCGGACCGUCAUGGCAGACGGCCCCUGCUCAUCCUGACCACAUUAGGGCUGAUGUCCUCCUACGCUGUCUGGGCAGUUUCCCAGAGCUUCAGCAUGUUCCUUUUGUUUCGAGUAAUUGGGGGCAUUUGUAAGGGAAACGUCAGUCUCUGCACGGCCAUUGUGGCCGACUUGCCUUGCCCAAAAGCCCGGAACAGAGGAAUGGCUAUGAUCGGCAUUGCCUUCUCUCUGGGCUUCACAGUGGGACCUCUGAUGGGUGCUUACUUUGCCCUCCGCUCCAGAAACAGGGGCGUCUUCUACCAGACUCCAGCUCUGCUCGCCUUGGCCUUUAGUGCUGCUGAUCUGCUCUUCAUUUGGCUCAUGCUGCCAGAGACGCUCACAAAGGAUGUCAAGGCUUCCUCUUCAGAGUGCGGGGACUCCAGAGACCUUCUGAGUCCAUUAUCUCUGUUCCGUUUUUCAGCUGUUACAAAGACAAAAGAUUCACCUUCGAAAGAAAGAAUGAAGAAGCUUCAAGUCCUGGGCCUGGUUUAUUUCUGCUACCUCUUCCUGUUCUCUGGUCUGGAGUUCACGCUGAGUUUUCUGACUCAUCAACGCUUCCAAUUUACAAGUAUGCAGCAGGGAAAGAUGUUCUUUUUCAUCGGCGUCAUCAUGGCUUUGAUCCAGGGAGGUUAUGCUCGCAGAAUCAAACCUGGGCACCAUAUCAGGGCUGUUCGUAUGGCAAUUGUUACAUUAAUCCCUGCGUUUAUUCUCAUCGGACUCUCGUGGAAUAUGACAAUGCUGUAUGUUGGCUUGGCGUUGUACUCAUUUGCGGCUGCAAUAGUAGUUCCAUGCCUGUCCACUCUUGUUUCUGAUCAUGGCUCUGCCACUCAGAAGGGCACAGUGAUGGGAAUCCUGCGUAGUUUGGGAGCUCUAGCCAGAGCACUGGGACCAGUGGUGUCAUCCUCUGUUUACUGGAUAGCUGGAGCUCCGACCUGUUUUCUCCUCUCGGCUGCUUCUUUUAUUAUCCCCCUGGCUCUCCUGAGAACAGCUGGAAAGCUAAAGGAUGAAUGAGAGACACCAAGACUUGAAAGAGACAUUUUGGUGUUUGUUAGUUUUAAAUGAAUGUUAUGAUGUUUACGUCUGUUUGGGAAAAAACACUGACUCAGUACUUUGACACAUGCAAAAAAAGGAGAUGUAGAGUGCCGAGCUGUUUCUGCCAUGGAUCAACACAUGAAGAAAAUAAUGCAAGCAGAAUGUGCCAAACCGAUCAACAUUAUU